AUGCUGAUUGGUGGUGUGAUGCUUACGGAUAUCGUUGAAAUGGCCAGUAGUCGACCUGUCUCAAUGAUAAUUUCAUCGAAUGGUGUAUCUGAUGAAACAAGUAUAAAUGGAUCUAAAAGUAUUUUAUCAAACAAAGAAUCACUUUCAUUACGUUCAUCGAAUCAACAAAAUAUUCCAAUAAAUAAUAUUAUUAAUGCAAAUUCAUCUUCAUCAUCAAUUGAUAGUGCUGGUGCUAAAAAUGUAAUAUCGAUUGAAAAACAAAUGUCAUCACAAGUAAAUUCAAAUGCAACAAUAUCAUCAACAACAACUGAUAGUGAAUUAGACAGUGAACAAGAAGAACGAUAUAUUGAUAAUAAUAAUUUAUUAGAAUCAAAUAAUGUUUCACUACAAAUACAACAACAAUCAUUAUCACGACGUGAUAGUGAUCAACAAAAAAAUGAUACUAAUUCACAAGAACAAUUAUCACGACGUGUAAAACAUUUUUAUAAAUUAUUUAAAUCUGAAAUACCUGAUGAUAUGCCAGAAUUAAUUGAUUCUUAUGUUUGUGCAUAUCAAGGUGAUAUAUUAUUACAAGGUAAAAUGUAUAUAACUGAUCGUUAUCUUUGUUUUCAUUCACGUAUUAUAUCUUAUAUAACAAAACAUGUUUAUCGUUGGGAACAAAUUGCAAAUAUUACAAAAGAACGUGUCGCAUUCAUAUUUCCAACAGCUAUUGGUAUACAAUUAAAACAUUCAGGAAAAAAAAUUAUUUAUGCAUCAUUUCUACAACGUGAUCAAGCAUUUGAUAAAAUUAUUUAUAUGUGUUCACGUUUUAAUAAUGAUACAAAUUCAUUACAAGAUGAUGAUGAUAAUCGUUCAACACAAGGUGGUACAUUAAAAGCUUUAAAUAGUAAUCAUAGUUAUAAUGAAAAAAUUAAAAAAACAAAACAUGAUAUAUCUUAUGAUAUGAUCGAUGAACCAGAACCAGAUGAAGUUUUACAAAUGUGUUUAUCACCAAAUAAUAAUAAUAAUAAUAAUAAACAACGACAACAAUUUAUAUUAUCGAAAAAUUUUGAUAUUAAACAACAAUUAAAACCAACAAAAAAAUUAUUUAAUUCUGAUAAAAAUAAAUCAUUUAAAUAUUCAAAUACAAAUCCACAAUUAAGAAAAAAUUUCAAUGAAAAUAUUUCUGAUAAUAAUGAAUUCAAUAGAAAUUCAUCUAGCCAUAAUAAUAAUAAUAAUAAUCAAGGAAAAGAAAUUGAUACAAUAUUAAGUAGUGCUCCCAUAAUAUUUCGUCAACCACGUAGUAUUCCAUUACGAACUAAUCGAAGUCGUAGUCGUGAUCGAACAUUAUCACCAUCAAAUCGUACAUCAUCAAAUAUUCAAAGUUCAAAUUCUUCAACAAGUUCAAUAACAAAUACUGAUUCUUUGAUAAUAAAUUCUAAUAAUAAUGGAUUAAUAGGAAAAUAUAUUCGUAUAAUUAUUUUAUCUAUUAUAUCUAUUAUAAAACUUAUUAUGGAAUAUUUAUUAUUAUUAUUUAAUCGAUUUAAAACUUAUCCAAUUAAAACAUCAUUAAUACUUUUAAUAUUUAUUAUAAUUUUAAUAAUUCAUUCAUUUUAUUUAAUUAAUGUUGCAUAUCGUAUAGAAAAUCGUUUACAAUCAUUAUAUCCUUUAUGGCCAUCAUCAUCAAUAAAAAAUUCUCGACGAUUACAAAACGAAAUAUAA